AUAGCUUGGUCAUCCUAGGUGGCGCUCCAUCCAUUGAUAAUAGGACAAAUGGCGGGUGACACGAUUUCAACAUCAACAUCAACAUACGUUUAUGAAUUGCGAAGAGUAGGAUCUAAAGCCACAUGUGCAAAUGUAAAAGACGUCUUUAGGCUUUGUAAGCACCAAAAUGUUUUUGGACGAAACUCAGAAAAGGUGGAUUUCUACCUCAACUCAGGCAUUCACAAGCAACUCAUCUCACGCCGGCAUUCCGAGUUACUUGUAUACAAAGGAGAAGAUGGACAACUCGUUUUUGUAAUUAAGGAUGAAAGUAUGAAUGGAACAUUUGUUAAUGACAUCAAGCUUCCAAAGUCCAAGAUGAUUCGUAUAAAAGUGUUUGAUACGAUUACAUUUGGUCAUGUGCAGGGAGUUUCCAUAAAGACUGGAAUGUUUGCUGAACAACCUGAAUCUGAGUUCCGUUUUGUGCUCGAAAAAGUCAAUGAAAGCAAAGAUAGUGUUCACAUCACAGACUUCCCAAACUUUUCCACUAGUCCUCUUUACUACCAUUGUACAAAAAGUUCCCUAAGAUCUGAAGUGCAAUCAUGUUUAGAAAGUAAAUACACUUGUAAAAUGUUGGCAGAUUGUGGUAGCAAAAGAUCUCCACAUACUGGGACCUCAGAAAGUACAUCAAUUGACGUCAGUGGGAGAGUGAAUGGAGACAUGAAACAGGAUGGUUUGGCUACAACUCAGAAAAUAAUUGAAAGAGAUUUAAAGCAGAAUGUGCCAAAGCAUACAGAUCCUAAGGUGCCUUGUGCAAGAUCAACAAAUUUAAAAACAAAUCAUUCACUUAAAUUGGAACAUCCUCAAGAAUCUGUACCACAUGUAUGCAAAUUAGAUAAUUUAAAUAAUGAACAUUGUAUCGAACAUCACAUGAAUCUGAAGAAUCAGUUAAGACAGGAUAAAAAAUAUACAGACACUGAUACAGUUGGAGAUGGUGAAAUAUUGGAUGUUGCUGCCAUGGCCAUCCAGAGGGCUACUGCUGUCAUGGAUGCUGAUAGUGAACCAUUUACAUUAGAUGAUGAUGUCAGUGAUCUCUUUCAUCAGCAAAACAGUAUUAGGUCGUCAGUCUGUGAACCAUUAUCAAGCAAAUCUGAAAUAUCUGCUGACAUUGAUGUCACUCAAGAUACAGCUGAUGUCACCAUUACAUACCCUGUAGAGAACCAGUCACUGAAGGAAAUUUCCAAAGAACUACCAGAAAGAUCUGAAUCACCAAAAUCAUCUCCAAUAAUAAAAGAACAAGAAAAAAGAAACCAUCAGGUCCAACCAAAAGAACAAGUACAUGUUUCUACAAGACUUGCGUCAUUAAGAACUUUAGAAAACUUGCAAGAAAAAGCAACUCUAAAUCAUUCGCUGACACAGAUGUCAUUGAACAAAUUGAACAAGAGAGCAUCUGUAGUGCUAUCCAAGAAUAUGGAGCUAAAGAAACCUAGGCUUGGUAUGUAUCGUAACUUUUCUUCAACAUCAACAUCUGAAGUUUAUGUACCAGAAGAAUGUGCAAGCAUUGAUUGUAUUCAUCCAGUGGACAACACAAUUUCUUGGGUCCAAUGUGAUGACUGUGAUUCCUGGUAUCAUGUGACUUGCAUGGGUUGCGACUACAAGAGGGUCAAGGAACCAUCAUCAUUCUUCCACUGUGGAUGCACGUAGUCUCAAGCAAAUAAAAAUAUAUAUUAAUAAAGUAAUUUUAAUAAUCAUUGUUUAUAUAUUACAAAGUAGGAACAUAGCAUUACAGUUAUCAAGUUAUAACAUGCUGUAAAUAAUGUUUUAUUAACUGCUAUUAAAGAAUACUGCUAAAAUUAAGACAACUUUAAUUUGCUCAUUUACAAGAAUCACAACCUUAAAUUGUUCAUAUCGAGAAUAAUCACUUUACAGUAAUAUAAGCUACCAUCCUUUUACCAAAGAGUAUAGAAUCCCAAGAGGUCCAACAGCCCUGAUUUUUUUAUGCUACCACGAGAAUGGGGGCGCACUAGUUAUGAAUGCAUUUUUACUUUCUUUUGAAGGACGCACUCUAGUUCAUGGUGCUACUUUUUUUGAGAGGCAAAAAAACACCUUGCGUCGGCCUCUUGCAGUUCUACCCUCUCUGCUUAAACUACAAAAUUUCAUAAAUGGAAGCCUGCCAAGUAUAUAAUUGAUAUAUAUUGCGCCUUGAUUUGAAAAUAGAAGAUUAUUGGAAGACAUGGAAGGCUGCUGGAAGAAUGCUAUAAAUUCAUUAUGCCAGUUCUUUGCAUUGUAUAACUAAUUCAUGUUUUGUUUGUUAUACAUGUGGCCAAACUGCGCUUAUGUUAAAAGAAGCUUUUAAAAAACGAAAAUUUGAAAUAUCUUCUAGUAAGUGCAAAAAAGUAAUGUUCUAGUUUCUAGUUAAAUAUUAGGACCUAUUAUGAAAUUAUUGUUAUAUAGUUUAGGUAUUAGAAUGUUAAUGUCAUUUGCAGUGUCGCUAUAUUAGAUAAGAAGACCUAGUGUAUCUAAACUGCCUAAACAAGAGUCAAUGAUCUUGGUGCUAUGAAUGAUAAAGAGAUUUUUUUUAUAUAUAUAUAAAAUAUGAUAACCAUUA